GCUCUCCUCACUAGUCGUUCAUAGCACAGGGCUUGCUGUCAACUACAGAAACGGUCCAAAAUUAGAUCCAACCGUGUCAGCAUCCCUGAUUUGUGUCCCGGAGGCAUCUAAGGUGUGUCUCUGUCUAACUGUGCGGACAUUUCCAUCGCUUUGCAGAAGAAGUUUCUUCUUUGAUUCCCGGAAAUUUAGCCGAACAAGCAGAUCGCCUGAGAUGGCCGCGUAUAAGCUGGUGUUGAUUCGCCAUGGAGAGAGCUGCUGGAACCAGGAAAACCGUUUUUGCGGCUGGUUUGACGCCGAUUUGAGUGAAACCGGUAUGCAGGAGGCCAAAAGAGGAGGACAAGCACUCAAAGAGGCUGGUUAUGAGUUUGAUAUCUGCUACACGUCGGUGCUGAAGAGGGCCAUUCGGACCCUGUGGCUGGUUCUGGGGGAGAUCGACCAGAUGUGGCUGCCAGUCCACAGGACCUGGCGUCUGAACGAGCGUCACUACGGCGGCCUGACGGGCCUGAACAAGGCCGAAACCGCGGCCAAGCACGGAGAGGCACAGGUCAAAAUCUGGAGGCGUUCCUACGACGUCCCCCCCCCACCCAUGGACGCAGACCACGACUACUACACCAACAUCAGCAAGGACCGUCGCUACGCCGACCUGACGGAGGACCAGCUGCCGUCGUGCGAGAGCCUUAAGGACACCAUCGCACGAGCGCUGCCUUUCUGGAACGACGAGAUCGUGCCCCAGAUCAAAGAGGGCAAACGGGUUCUGAUCGCUGCCCACGGCAACAGCCUGAGAGGCAUCGUCAAACACCUGGAGGGUAUGUCUGAGGAGGCUAUAAUGGAGCUGAAUCUGCCCACCGGGAUCCCAAUCCUCUAUGAACUGGACAAGAACCUGAAACCAGUCAAACCAAUGCAGUUCCUGGGAGACGAGGAGACAGUUCGUAAAGCCAUGGAGGCAGUGGCCGCUCAGGGCAAGGCUAAAAAAUAAAGAGAGAGGGAAUGAAAGAGAGAGAGAGAGAGAGAAACAGCGCCAUCUUGUGUUCAUGAUUGUUCAGGAUUAUAACACCUGACAAAGCUCCUUAUUUUCUCUCUCUCACACAUACAUACAAACAUCUGCUGAACGACCCUCAUUCUGAACACACACACACGGCACGUACGAAAGCAAGACAGGCGCAUAUGCAACACACACACACACACACACACACACAGAGUACUGUACACACCCAGAGAUAUUUAGAAGAUCUGAGGCCUCUAAGAAUACAAUCAAUACUUCACUCUGGUCCCAGACCUGUGAGUUUUCAUCUUCUUUAAGAGGUGCAAAGCGCAUUUUAGGGACCAGCAAAACAUAUUUACAUCAAGCUUCUUUCGCAAACAUUGUUCUGGGAGUAAAUAUUAUUUUAGACGAGUUAGAAAACAAGUUUUAAUCUGUAAGCACUGCAGGCGCCUCGGCGAAUGUAAAGGGUCCUGGCAGAGAGAAAUAUAGACCGGCUCAUUCUAAAGCAGAUUCUGCUGCUCUGCACUGCAGUGGCAUCUCUACGACAACGGUAUCAUGGCAACAGCGACUAUUGAUGAUAGGGCUAGCCGCAGUGUUCUAGGCGCCGUUCAGUGUUCCGUGUUCCGGAACACACAUUAUCCUCUGUUCCAAAUUGCCGUGUGACUCAAUGCAACGUUUAAAAGCCCCUGUAGGCCUCACACCCACUACCGCACUUAAUAUAUCCAACAUAACAACAACAACAACAAAAAAAUCCUAUACCGUGUCCAGAUUUUCCAUAAUUCUCAAUACGCCUGUGUGUAUGUGAUACAUCAUUCUCCACGUGUCAACUGAUAUUUUAGCAUUUUAAAGGGCAGAUGAUAUUUUGCUGAAAAUUCAUUCUAGGUGUACUGUUUGCUUUUGCCAUUUGUGUAUGUUACAUUGAUUUGUAAUGUAGAUGAUGUUGCUCUUGUCAAUCUGACUGUGUUGAUAGUCUGGGUAGAAUGAGUGUGACACUCUGUAAUGCUAGGUUAAAUCCAUGACUGAACUUAGUGUGUCUGCACUGUAAACACUGUCUUCCAGAAGCACCUUCUUUUUUUCUUCUUUUUUCUUCUUUUUUCUUUUGCUCAUCUGCGGCUUCAGAAAAUUGCUCCUCGACGCGUAUUAUAAGUGUGACAUUAUCAUGAAUGAUUUGACUGGACGGUUGGAGCUGUCUUACACUGGAGUCCCCUGUGCAAUCCCCAUUAAAUGUUUGCU